CAGACCACGGCUGCAGCUCCAAGCUCCGCCUCGCAGGGGAAAGAAAGAGGAGGGCGGAUGUCGGAAUGAGAAACUGAGCUGCUGCUGGGGGGAAAAGACCAAUGCUGCUCUCUGUCGCCUUUCUAGUUUAUAAUCAAACCGCUGUGCUGUUUCCUCUUGGAGUUUACCUAUCUUUGUUUUAGGACUGUCCCUCCUGCUCCGCUCUCAGGACCUCUGUUGUUAUUUGCAAAGAAAACAAGUGGACUGCUUGCUCACUAUUUCUUUGAUUUUAUAGUGGCGUGGUUAAGAUAUGCAUAUUUUAAGUCCAUAAAUGCCUUUUUCAUAAUCUAAUGGAGGAAAAAGCUUUAACUGGACCUGCCAUGGUUUCCAGAUUGCCAAAGUUUGGAGGACGUCCCUCAGCUGCGGGGAAUGGCCCCUUGGGCAAUGGUUUCACACAGUCACCUACAUCUGUGCAAGAUGGCAAGACCAAUUCACCUGGAACACGCACAAAUGGUCUAAUCCGGCCUUCUCCACCAUACCUAAAAUGGAAGAAAGAUGAAAGUAUAAGCUCCUCUAACCAUAUCGCAGCGACUAUUCCAUGGGAGGGAAAUGAAGAGAAGGCACAGAACCAUGUGCCCUCACUGCCAGAGGUGAAGAAUAGCUCUCCGUCAACCCCUAAGAUGCGUAGGUCUGGUUCUUUGAUGGUGGCUGCCUCCAGCCCCAAAUCUGUCCCAAAGCAACUGACAAAGAUAAGUCCCAAAGUGACAAAAGUUGGUCAAAACCAACUGAAUGGAGUUUCUAAAAUUGCCUGUAGUGCUUCAGGGAUUCCUGCUCGAGCAGGGUCGGAGUCACGACUUUUACGGCCAAUGUUAGGCACCAGCUCUCCCAGGAGCAUUUCUCAGGAUAGCCUAGCACAAUCCAAUGAGAAUCAUAGGAUCUUAACGUUGGAUCACAUGGUUCGAUCAAACAGUUUCACUCACUUUAAACAGAUUCCCUCACCCUCCUGUGAGCCAAUGGCACGGUCCUUUUCCUUUAAUCGAGCAGUGGAGUUGGCCAAGCCUCUGGCCAACACUCAGCUUCAGCCCUCUCGUAGUAGUCUUCUCAAACCUCCAAGGGUCAGCAAUGGUAGAUUGUGUUUAGGACUUAGCAAUAACCUUGGAGUUGCAGGGUUUCAGUACAGUAAAAGCCUUCCAGUUGACCCCUCCCUGCCUGUCACAUCUAUUCCUGCAGUGCCCACUACUCCCCGAGGCCUGAGAAAGCCUUUACUACCAAGUUCCGUUCUGACUAAGUCUAUGACCAACAGUGUGGGGUCUUUAGGCUACAGAUCAGCUGCAACAACUCUGGGUAAACAGCAGAAGUCUCCCCCAGAUGGCCUAAAAGAGGGUAUUAGAGAAUUAGUCUCAUCAGAUUGUGGUGAACUUUUGAAGAUAUCAAAAGGUUCUGAAGCAGCUGAUGAGAGGGCGAAAGCAGGGUCUGCCAGUGAGAGUGGUGGAAGCUCUGGAGCUGGAAAUGGAAUGGAAAAUGGCCAUGACCAAAGCUCUAUCCAGAUGGCUACUGAGACUAUGGAGGAUAUGUCUUUAUCUUCUGCCUCAUCGUUGGAAAGAGUUGACACCAGUGAAGAGUUUCUUGAUGAUUUGGACUCUGCAGGAGAUGUUUUCAGUGAUGGAGACAUGCCUGGCGACACUACUCAAACCCUCUUGCAGAGUUUUCCCAAUGAAAAUACUACCUGGGAACGUACAGAUCUGACAGAAAAUAAGGAAGAGACCCCAAUGCAGGAAUCUAUUGAGGAAUCGUUGCUGUCUCCUGUGCAGAGUGAUGCUCCUCAGGGUUCUUCAGUCGAGCUGUCACCCUCCAAUAGCUCUGGUGGGACCUAUAUGUGGGAUGAAGAAGGUCUUGAGCCUCUUGGGGAGCCCAAGUCUCCAUUAGAAAGUUAUGAGGAUUCAGAAAUCAACAGCAUGGACAUCCUAAACAACCUGGACCCUCUGGGAACGGGAGAUUUGGACGAUAAUGAUCUCAUGCUGGAUGCGGACCUCCCAGAGGAUGGCUUGCACGACUUUGACAGUAUGUCUCUCAUGGAGCGCUCAGACAGAGGUAGCCGGCAGGGGCAGAGACGUAAGCAGCACCGCUGGAGUGGUCCAGAUCACUUCUUCCAUGACAGCAGGCUUCAUUUCCUAAAUAAUUAUGACGGUCAGAAGAAUCUGAGGCUUCCCUCUCACCCGGUCCGGUCUGAAUGCAAGCAGCCAGUCUACAGACCAAUGCUGGAUGAACCUGCUCUUCAACACAUGGCAGAGGACUGCAGCAUGCUGAAGAAUCAACUGCUCAUGCUGAAAACGUUACUGCAGCUUGAAGAAACAGGGUCUCCAGCAGAUGUUUGUGACCAGACGGAAGACAAUACGGCUGCCUCACAGAUUGAGGCCCUGAUUAAGGAAGUGCAGGUCCUCAGGGAGGAGCUGAGAAGCAGAGAAAAGACGAUAGCUCUGCUCACUGUGCAGUGCCAACAACUACAACAGCAUCAUCAGCGAGAACAAAUGGCCUACGAAGGACGGCAGGUUAGAUGUCAGUGCCAACAGCAGAUGGCUUCAUCUUCACUACAAAUGAAAGAAAGACAGAUGGACAAACGGACGCAGCUCUAUGAUAAGGCUACCCAGACAUAUUGGAGAACACCCAGCCAUCCUCCUCGAACGCUUCAGCCUUUCAACCCCAAUCUCAACGAGCAGCCGGACCAGGAAAGACUAAUAAAAAUUCCCCCCACCGAGGGCCACAGUAAGCUCACAUGGAACAGAUCAGAGGAAGCCACUUGCAUAGAUAAUGACCGUCCUCUUGAAGCUACUAAAGUAGAUAUGUCAGGGGCGGCAGGCUCUGACAAGCUGAGUCAUCUGCCCAGGACCAACCUGCGCAGCCUCCGCUCCGGCGCUCUACAGGGAAUAACUGGCAUAGACGGUCGAGCGUCAGCACCUCAGUCCUCUUCACAGCUUGGGAGGAGAGCUCCUGCUGUGACAGCGCAGAACUCUGACGCUCCAAGAUCAGCUCGAUCGGCUCGCCCUCGCAUGCUGCAGUCUCCUCGCAUCAACAAGCAAAUAUCUCUCCCUGCGUGCAAUUCAGGAGGUACUGGUGGCUUUGCCUCUCUGAAAUUAGGUAGUUCUUUAGGGCCUCCGGCUUACCAGACAAAGCAGCUGCCUCCUCCGACGAGAGGCCUUCCCUGCUUUAACGCUGAACCCCAGGUGCAGGCUCAGAAAUCCUGUCAAUCCUCACACCUUCAGCCUCUCAGAACUUCACAGCCUCACUGAGAUUUACAGUGGGGUGUGGAAAAGGUGUCAUGAAAAGGCACCUAUGUCAACCUAACCCAAAGAUUUCCCAAGGAGCCCCAAAGAUUUGUCACAGAAAUUUCUCCUUUCCUCCCCCCAGGCCACACAAGUUGUGGAUUUUAUUUUAUUUUAUUUUUACUUCUAUCUUUCUUGUUAAAUAAAUGACAGUCAUUUUGUUUUUUUUACUACUAAUUGGUAAAAUUUUUAUACUAGAUUCCCAACAUGUUCAACAUUGCAUAUUUUAUCCUUCAUCAGGAUGUAGCCAAUGUCAGAUUUGAAAAUGAUUUUAUAUUACAAGUCAGUUUCAUUUGUUUUCGAGGUGUUUGUGAAUACUAAGAAUGGAAGAAAAACUCUUUUCACACUUUGCACUUAAAUACCACGUUUCAUUUUCUUUUGUAACAGCCCUCUAGCUAAUAUCCAGUUUUGAAUUCUGGGACUGGUUGUUCUCAAACAGCUCUGCCCUUUGACACACAGGUGCAUUUGGCUUUUAACCACGGAGGAGAUGUGAUUGUGACCUCUGCUGUGCUUCAGAAGGCCCAGAGGGAAUUGGGAGCAAAAACAGCCAGUGGGACUGAAUAUAAAAAAAAAGGGGGUGAAAGGAAAAGUGAAAAGCAUUGCAGCAGACUGAAAAGCUAAUUUGUCAAAGUGCUCUGAAGCUUGUCACUUCUGGACAGAAAAUAUGUGCAUGUGUAAACGAGAGUGUGUGUUGGGGUGUUAAAACGCUGAGCUAAAAGGGCUUUGAGGAACAAAGAAAAAAACUGCUUUCCCCACCAUAGCUGUGUGCAUUAUUUAAGCUCAUUUCACCAUACUGUGCUAAUAUUUUGGGUAAAUAACCUUCUCUGUAAAUAUUAGUAAAAAGGAUAAUCGACCCUGCGCUGAAAUGGUCUAUGAUGGAUGUUUAGGUGACAGAGAACAUAAUACUCCACUGUUGGUGAAGCGAUAGCAAAAAUAGUGAUAAUAUCAGAACUGAGCAGUAUAAUAAAGCUUUCAGGCAUGUGGGCGAGCAAAAGUACUAAAUACCACAAAAAAACACAGCAAGUCUAAUACUUUCAUUUGUGCAAUUUUAGAAUAAAUAAAAGCAGAGAGAAGUAAGUUUGAUUAGAACCGAAUCACUGCAUGAAAAAUCAUUUUUUAAUAUCCAAGCCUCAGAAACUGUUAGACAUGGCAGAAAACAGGGUGGCAUCUGUUAAUAUUGAUACAGAUGUUAGAUAUACAGCUAUAGAUAUUGAUUAAAUGAAAGUCAUAACUUCUUGUCACAGUUUUGCAAAUAACCUCGAAACAAUUUGUUCCUCUUUUUCAAAGAUUCUAAAUCAGUUUAGUUUAAAUACAGGAUUUCAAGCAAGAGUAAUCUCAAGCGACUUUAUAACAAAGGACACGCUUAUAUAGAAUUAAUACAGUUUGUCUUUAUCAUCGUCUCCAUGAAUAGUUUAUGUUGUAACUUUGUGCACUUUGCGAGUAUAGUUCGUAUAUCAUCUUUUUCAGCCAAAUAAUUUGUCUUCAUACUGACCGAAUCAAUCAGUAACUGCCAGAGGUACAUGAAGACUUAUGAUUUAAAGUUUUAUUUUUUUUUACAUUUUACUCAAAGUCUGCUUUAAGCUUGUUGGGUUAUGUGACUACCAUAAAUGUCGUCCACUUGGAAUCAUCUGUUAAACUUUAGUUUGAGCUGGGGUUGAAAACUGACAUAUUUUAUUGCUGUUUAUUGGCUCUAAACUGAGAGAUAAAUCAAGAUUAGGAUUAAAAAUAGAAGUAAAAUAUUACUGUUGAUUAUAAUUUUCCAGCAUAAUUCACUGAAAUGCCUAACUAAACUUAGAAUGAUCUAAUGUAUGUGGUUGUACAUGGGAACAAAAGGGAAGUAGGAAGUAAAGAUUAUAUGGUGGGCUAGCAGGUAAUAUAAAUGUGAAGGGGAGAACUGACCUGGAGCAAACCCACAUUUUACCAAUUUGUUUUUGUUUUUUUAAUGGUAAAAACAGAUUUUUUUUUUUUUUUUUUAAUCAUCACCCCAGAUUUUCUUUUGCAAAAAGGGUAACAUCACAAGAUUAACGUCCUGGCAUCAUGGGUGCUGUUAAUAGAGAGACAAAAAUCACAGCAUCAAACAAGCAAAACGUGCCAUGUGUUUUUUACUGAAACAAGGUUCUCUAAAGGUACGCUACAUGCAGAUUGUCCACUCCUCCUCUUCUGUUUGCUUUUUUUUUCCCAAGCUACAUGAAUUGGCCUUCUACUGUGCUAAAUUACAAACUGUGUAUGAAUGUUCUCUUGUUGACUGCUAUUCUCCUUCACUUUUCAAACCCUGCAGGAGCGAGUAGUACUCAUGAAAGAAAAUUAAACAUUUAGUUUCCUUAUCUAUAUAUUUUUUUGUCUUAUGUAGAGAGCUGCACAUUUUUAAUUUCAACUAUCUUUGCAACUUUAUGAGAAAAGCUGCAAUGGCAGAAGCUGCUUGGAUGCAGUAUUUUGCUAGUUAAUUUAUGUAUAAAGUUGCCCUCAGCUAUCUUAGAUUUUAAUGACCAAUAUGCUAAAGCUCACCAACAGGGGAGAGGACAAUGUUGUGAUUGAGAAAAUUAAAUGAAAUGCUUUUAGGCACAACAUCUAAAUCACUUAACAUAAAUUAAGUCAUAACUGUGUGUUUCCCUAACAUCUAUCUAUUCUUUGAAAACUAUUUUAAAAAAAUUAGGAUAACUCUCAGAACAUUUCUAACACUACUUAUUUACAGCUAGUGUUUGGGAGUAGCUGAUAACUUAAAGCUGACCUUUAAGGAUGUGAAAGUUAAUUGCAUUCUUCAAGGUAUUUCAUUUGGACUAACAUUUCAGAUGCUGAAAAACGGUGAGUGGUCUUAAUAAAAAGAAAGACAACUACAGGUCAAAACCAAAUAUUUUCUCAUUCAGGACAACAUGAUUGGAUGGAAGAAAAUAAGAUCAACUUAGUUUUAGCUACAUGCACAGACUAGUUAAAGAACAAGAAUAAAACCUAAUAAAGUUAAAUUCUACCAACUCUAACACCCGUUUAAAAGGGAUUUAUCAAAAAUGUGUUACUGCUGUCUCACUUUAACGUUGCAUCCGCUUGAGUAUCCAAACUGUUCUUUCCCAUUUUUUUCCCCACUUCGCACAUCUCUUUGGAUAGAUCAAAGGUAUUAGCGAUGUGUUUUCAGGUAGGGAGCCUCUGGGGCUUCAGUGGUCUCUCUGCGGGUGUUUUUGGAGAACUGUGUUUAUCAUCCCUUCGCAGAAUCCUUUUGCAGUCAACCGCUCCUGCAAUGUCCCCGAAUGGAGAGCAGCAGUGUGUUAAAAAGGUCUUCUGACAGCGACUCUGCUCUCUUCUCUGUCACGCCGCGUGACCGCUCAGUGUACGCCUCUGGCGGUGUCCGGUCUACUGCAUCCAAUAAUGCACCCUGUGCAGACAAAGUGAGAGAGACCCACAUACACACACAUCCAACAAGGGUGUGCGCUGUUAGCAAGAUGAAGAAAUUCACGUGUACAGGAAGUUGUACUAAACUGAAGGACAGAUGAAAGUCUGAGAAAACACACGCAUCAUCUCACACAGCUUUCACAUAGUGCAUCACAAAAGUAACCGUAGCCCUGGAACUUUCUUCACAAUUUCAGUGAUGCAGGCACCAACUUCAAUGUACCUUAGUGGGAGUUUUUGUGAUGGAUUAGCACAAAGUGGCACAGCAUUGGAAAUCUGAGCAAUGUGACAUGUUUGUAGUCCCUGUAACUCUGUAUAGCUAGUCUUUUUGAGAUGUCUCCAGCAGCUUUGCCCUUCCAGAGAAAAUACAUUUUUUCCCCAUUUUUUUUU